UAGGAGGAGAAAGAAGACGUCGCCGCCACCGGAGGCGGAGGGGGAAGGACGGAAGGACGGACGGACGGACGGACGGACGGCCGACCGACCGAGAGCGUCGCCGCCGGUGCCCAACGGUCGGUGUCCCCGGCUGAGGCAGCGCGGCCGCGGCAGCAGCAGCAACAGCAGCAGCAGCCCUGUUUGAUCUGUGGAUGAAAUGAAUCAUGAUUUUCAAGCUCUUGCAUUAGAAUCUCGGGGAAUGGGAGAGCUUUUGCCUACCAAAAAGUUUUGGGAACCUGAUGAUUCAACAAAAGAUGGACAAAAAGGCAUAUUUCUUGCGGAUGAUGAAUGGAGAGAGACUGCAUGGGGAACUUCUCAUCAUUCAAUGUCCCAGCCUAUUAUGGUACAGAGAAGAUCUGGACAGAGUUUUCAUGGAAACAGUGAAGUAAAUGCAAUUCUUUCUCCGCGCUCAGAAAGUGGAGGCCUUGGUGUGAGCAUGGUAGAAUAUGUAUUAAGUUCCUCUCCUGCUGAUAAAUUGGAUUCUCGAUUUAGGAAGGGAACUUUUGGUACUAGAGAUGCUGAAACAGAUGGACCUGAGAAAGGAGAUCAAAAAGGCAAGGCUUCUCCAUUUGAGGAGGACCAAAACAGAGAUCUUAAACAAGAUGAGGAGGACUCUAAAAUAAAUGGCAGAGGUUUGCCAAAUGGAAUGGAUGCCGAUUGCAAAGAUUUUAACCGUACUCCUGGAAGUCGUCAAGCCUCUCCAACUGAAGUAGUUGAGCGCCUUGGCCCCAGUAGUAAUCCCCCAGAAGGAUUGGGUCCUCUUCCCAAUCCCACAGCUAAUAAACCACUUGUUGAAGAAUUUUCAAAUCCUGAAACUCAGAAUCUGGAUGCCAUGGACCAAGUUGGUCUGGAUUCCUUACAGUUUGACUAUCCUGGUAAUCAGGUACCCAUGGACUCUUCAGGAGCUACUGUAGGCCUUUUUGACUACAGUUCUCAGCAGCAGCUCUUUCAGAGGACUAAUGCACUAACAGUUCAGCAGUUAACUGCAGCUCAACAGCAGCAGUAUGCAUUAGCAGCAGCUCAGCAGCCACAUAUAGCUGGUGUAUUCUCAGCAGGCCUUGCUCCAGCUGCAUUUGUGCCAAAUCCAUAUAUUAUUAGUGCUGCUCCUCCAGGGACCGACCCGUAUACUGCAGCAGGAUUGGCUGCAGCAGCAACAUUAGCAGGUCCAGCAGUGGUUCCACCUCAGUAUUACGGUGUUCCAUGGGGGGUCUAUCCAGCCAAUUUAUUUCAGCAACAAGCUGCGGCUGCGGCAAACACCACAGCCAACCAGCAAGCAGCAUCACAAGCUCAGCCUGGACAGCAGCAGGUUCUUCGUGCUGGAGCAGGUCAGCGUCCUAUUACUCCCAGUCAGGGCCAGCAAGGGCAGCAAGCAGAAUCACUUGCAGCAGCUGCAGCUGCAAAUCCAACUUUGGCUUUUGGUCAGGGUCUUGCUGCAGGCAUGCCAGGCUAUCAAGUACUAGCUCCAACUGCCUAUUAUGAUCAGACUGGUGCCUUAGUGGUUGGCCCUGGAGCAAGAACUGGCCUUGGAGCUCCAGUACGGUUAAUGGCUCCAACACCUGUCUUAAUUAGUUCAGCAGCAGCACAGGCUGCAGCAGCAGCAGCUGGGGGAACUGCAAAUAGUCUUACAGGCAACACAAAUGGUCUGUUUCGGCCAAUUGGCACUCAGCCACCACAGCAGCCACAGCAGCAGCAGCCAAGCUCUAACCUGCAGUCUAAUUCAUUUUAUGGGAGCAGCUCUUUGACUAACAGCUCCCAGAGCAGCUCUUUAUUUUCCCACGGGCCUGGCCAACCUGGAAGUGCAUCUCUUGGCUUUGGAAGUGGUAGCUCUUUGGGAGCUGCUAUAGGCUCAGCCCUCAGUGGAUUUGGCUCAUCAGUUGGCAGUUCUGCAAGUAGUAGUGCCACAAGGAGAGAGUCUCUAUCUACUAGCUCUGACUUGUACAAAAGAUCUAGUAGCAGCCUAGCACCCAUAGGGCAACCAUUUUACAAUAGUCUGGGAUUUUCCUCCUCUCCAAGUCCAAUAGGCAUGCCUCUGCCAAGCCAAACUCCAGGACAUUCACUUACGCCACCGCCAUCACUUUCAUCACAUGGAUCCUCAUCCAGUUUGCAUUUAGGAGGACUGACAAAUGGUAGUGGUCGCUAUAUCUCUGCAGCACCUGGAGCAGAAGCAAAGUAUCGAAGUGCCUCAAGCACUUCCAGUCUGUUUAGCUCCAGCAGCCAGCUCUUUCCUCCUUCUCGGCUCCGCUAUAAUAGAUCUGAUAUCAUGCCUUCCGGCCGCAGUAGGUUAUUGGAAGAUUUCAGGAACAACCGCUUCCCCAACCUUCAGCUCAGAGACCUGAUUGGACAUAUAGUUGAGUUUUCUCAAGACCAGCAUGGCUCCAGGUUCAUACAGCAGAAGCUCGAGAGAGCCACUCCAGCCGAGCGACAGAUGGUAUUUCAUGAAAUUCUACAGGCAGCCUAUCAGUUAAUGACAGAUGUUUUUGGAAACUAUGUUAUACAGAAGUUUUUUGAGUUUGGAAGUUUGGACCAGAAAUUAGCCCUGGCUACUCGUAUUCGUGGUCAUGUUCUACCAUUAGCCUUGCAGAUGUAUGGCUGCCGUGUUAUUCAGAAAGCAUUGGAGUCUAUUUCUUCUGAUCAGCAGAGUGAGAUGGUAAAGGAGCUAGAUGGCCAUGUGCUCAAAUGUGUGAAAGACCAGAAUGGAAACCAUGUUGUACAGAAAUGUAUUGAAUGUGUUCAGCCACAGUCACUGCAGUUCAUCAUUGAUGCUUUCAAAGGACAAGUGUUUGUGCUUUCAACCCAUCCUUAUGGCUGCAGAGUCAUUCAGCGUAUCCUAGAGCACUGCACUGCAGAGCAGACCUUACCCAUCUUAGAAGAACUUCACCAACACACAGAGCAGUUGGUACAGGAUCAGUAUGGCAAUUAUGUUAUUCAGCAUGUACUGGAACAUGGUCGACCUGAAGACAAGAGCAAAAUUGUUUCUGAAAUCAGAGGAAAGGUGUUAGCCCUGAGUCAACACAAAUUUGCCAGCAAUGUAGUAGAAAAGUGUGUUACUCAUGCCUCCCGUGCUGAGAGAGCUUUACUGAUUGACGAAGUUUGCUGUCAGAAUGAUGGUCCUCACAGUGCCUUAUACACCAUGAUGAAGGAUCAGUAUGCCAAUUACGUGGUUCAGAAGAUGAUUGAUAUGGCCGAACCUGCUCAGAGAAAGAUAAUCAUGCACAAGAUUCGACCUCAUAUUACUACUCUUCGCAAAUAUACGUAUGGGAAGCAUAUACUGGCCAAGUUGGAAAAAUAUUAUUUGAAAAACAGCCCAGAUCUAGGGCCUAUUGGAGGACCACCAAAUGGGAUGCUGUAAGGGAAAGGAGAAGGUUCAACCAUGUUUAAAGAAUGGGUUUUCUUUGUGAAUUAUCAAAACACAAUUCAACUAUGAAUCUUUGAUUUUUUUUUUUUAAGCAAAACUAUUUAUUGACUUUCUUCAUCCAUUUGUAAAUUUUUAAGGUUCUUGUGUAUAUUUAGGGGGAGGGGUGGUGAAUUAUAAAUUAUAUUCAACCCUGAGUGGAGACCUAUCAGAUUGGAUUUCUGGUGAAGCACAGAAUGCCUGUAUAUGAUAGAACUGUAUCCCCCCCCCCCAAAAAAAAA